UCUUUUUUUUUUGGUCUUUAACACUCUGUGUACGCGCCUUUGCAAGGGAGGACCGGCUGAAAGGAAGAAACCGUUCCGAGAAACGUUCGGCCUCGAUAUAAUUAUCGCAACACUGUUUAUAUAUCGGCGCAGUUACUGCCGGCGUGGGUGUUGAAACAGCAUAUGUGUAAACAGCAAUAAAACACGUAGUGCGGUCCCGGAUAGGUAAUCUCCUCCCCACGAGAGCGUAAACGGGAGUUCCCUGGAAAACCACCGAUGGGCGGGGUUGAGCCAACCUCUAGAUCUUCCCGUGUCAAAUUAAACAAUCCUCUUCAUUAGGGCGACUGGAUGCGGCGGAGUCCCGACGAAGUCCGUGCCCCGAUCUCCUCAGGGUGCCCCUACGCCCUCACCCUCGACGAUCAUCACCAGUGCGAUCCGCGACUCCGCUCCGCGCGACAUCGAAGGAACACUCGGUGAACGGUGCCGGUUUUUAUCUUUUGCCGAAUUAUUAUCGGCGAGAGAGGGAGCGACGGUGAGAAUGUGAUGUUACUUUAAUUUCGCUGCUUGGAUUACGUGCAUUAUUGAAGAACGCAAAGAAACGAUAAUCACAGACGUUGUGUAUGAAGUCGUAGAAACACGGGAAGAAAGGCGGAAACUUUGUGAAAAUAUUCUGAAGACAAUCGCCUCUCGCUCUGGAUGUUCGAGAGGGAUUCCCGAUGCAGCCGAGCGGUUGUUCCCAGGUGUUCCUCGCGAAGGAUCAAGCGUGUGAUCUACGCCGAUGUCAAGAGUACUGGUACGUACUCCCGACCGACAAGACGUUCCCCGUGAAACGCGCCUGUGGACUCACGAGCCUGGUCCCGGGGAUGCUGCGCGCCGACGUCGCCUGGCCAACCCUGUGCCAAGCGUCCUUCGCGUCCUGGCCGAUCCUGGCGAGACCGCCGGUCGGCUACAAGAUCGCGCCGCAUCACGAGAAGCCGCCGUAUUCCUACAUCGCCCUGAUCGCGAUGGCCAUCAACUCGUCGCCGAAGCGGCGGCUGACCCUCGCCGGGAUUUACAAGUUCAUCAUGGACAGAUUCCCGUACUAUCGGGAGAACCGGCAGGGUUGGCAGAACAGCAUACGGCACAACCUCAGCCUGAACGAUUGCUUCGUGAAGGUGCCGCGGGACCGGACGUGCGCGGACGACGGUGAGGAUCACACGGCCGGGAAGGGCAGCUAUUGGACCCUGGACCCGUCCGCCAGCGAGAUGUUCGAGCACGGCAAUUACAGGCGCAGAAGAACAAGACGGCGGCGGAUGCUCGAUAUAAAAAUAUCACAUUCUGUCGGUAAUAUAGAUCAGUUCAGUAUCCCUUUAAGUAUUCGUGGACAUGACUACGUAGUUCAACGUGCACAUUUUGUGCACAUAGAGGCGCUAGUGAAAAAGUCCAGUUAA